GUUUCCCGAGCCCGUCCUUAGUCCGAGCGGCAAAGGGCAGUGGGCAGGGCAAAACUCGGGUUUCGUUAGUGAGGGAGGGCGGUAAUAACGCCGACCGCAGACCAAGUCUUGGUGAUGGAUUAAUUAUUUCUAGAACCAAUUUGCUCCGUUUCUUCACGCCGCAUCUCUAAGUGUCGUGUCGCCAGCUGUACGUCGCUGUUGUGCAUCAAUUGUUUUGACACAGUACCCUCUUCGGCACAUACUUCUUUACCACCUGAUUCUGUGGUGUAAAAUCGGUUGAGCUUUCCAGUCGCAAUACCCCACGCCGGCUCAAACAAAUUAUGGCGUUUCCUACGUGGCUACCUUUUGUUGUAGCCAUAGUGGCAUUACUUGGCGCAUAUGUGGUCUUUAGUGGCAGUGCGGUAAAGAAGACUCCAGUGCUCAAGCCGACCGAGUUCCAGACUUUUGACCUGAAAGAGAAGACAGUCCUAUCACACAACACGGCGAUUUACCGCUUCGCGCUUCCCAACGAAACCGAUAUCCUUGGUCUCCCCAUCGGCCAGCACAUCUCGCUUGCAGCGACCAUCGAUGGCAAGGAGAUCGUCCGCUCGUAUACUCCCAUCUCCUCCGAUGAAGACUCCGGCUUCUUCGACCUCAUCAUCAAGGCAUAUCCAACCGGAAAUAUUAGCAAGCACAUGGCGUCCUUGAAAGUUGGGCAAUCGAUGAAAGUUAGGGGACCAAAGGGGGCUAUGGUAUACACACCGAACCUGGUCAGACACUUUGGCAUGAUCGCCGGUGGAACUGGUAUCACGCCGAUGUUGCAGAUCAUCAAGGCCAUUAUCCGCGGGAGGCCAAGGAACGGCGGCAACGACAAUACUGAAGUGGACCUGAUAUUCGCAAACGUCAACCCGGAAGACAUUCUACUGAAGGAAGAUUUGGACAAACUAGCUGCUGAGGAUGAUAAGUUCCGCGUACACUACGUUCUGAACAACCCACCCGAGAAGUGGGAUGGUGGUACUGGAUUCGUCACAGCUGAUAUGAUAAAGGCCAAACUCCCGGCACCAGCGGGCGACAUCAAGAUUCUUCUUUGUGGUCCUCCACCAAUGAUCAGCGCCAUGAAGAAGGCCACGCAAGAACUUGGCUACGAUAAGCCUCGCCCUGUCAGCAAGCUCGAAGACCAAGUCUUCUGCUUCUAGAUGUUGGAACGAUCGACGAACAGCACAACCAAGCAAGCUGCUACCUUUGGCAAACAAGACUAUGAAUUGCUAAAAUAGUAAAAUAGGCUUAGCAUCAAUGUAGCGUUGCCAUACCUUUGUGCUUGAAUUAUUCGGACUACCACUA